UCAUCAUCUGUCAAUCCCUAGGAGCUCUGCCAGCCGGCUGGCUUCACUUCAGAACCGCAGCUGAACAUGGAGGAUGAAGUGUUCCAGCAUGCUGUGUCCGUCUUCAGCUCGCUGGUGUCGUGGGUCGCCGCGGGUGCCAUCAUGUUCGGCGGUGUGGUGCCGUACAUCCCGCAGUACAGAGACAUCCACCGGACCCAGAACGCGGAGGGCUUCUCCACCUACGUGUGCCUGGUGCUACUGGUGGCCAACAUCCUGAGAAUCCUGUUCAGAUUCGGCCGAUAUUACGAGAUGCCGCUGCUGUGGCAGAGCAUCAUCAUGAUCUGCACCAUGCUGGUCAUGCUCAACCUGUGCACCAACGUCCGCAUGGCUGCCGAACUCAGCACCAAGAGGCGCUCCUUCUUAGCGACAGACAGUAAGGACGAGGAGGUCAGAAUCCCUAAGAGGCUCUUUCUGGACUUUGACUGGACCUACUUCUGGUCCUGGAGUCGCUUCGUGGACUACCUUCAGUGCGUGCUGGCCUUCACGCUGGUGGCGGCCUACAUCACCUACCUCCUCCUGGACUCGGUGCUGUUCGUGGAGACCCUCGGCUUCCUGGCGGUGUUCACCGAGGCAAUGCUGGGAACGCCACAGCUCUACUGCAACUACCAGAACAAAUCCACAGAAGGCAUGAGCAUCAAGAUGGUGCUGAUGUGGACCAGUGGCGACACCUUCAAAACGGGCUACUUCCUGCUCACAGAGGCCCCCGUGCAGUUCUGGACGUGCGGCCUACUGCAGGUGUUUGUGGACGUCGCCAUCCUGUUCCAGGUCUACUACUACAGCCGCUACCCGCAGAAACCCGUGUCCCACACCGUCUCCCACACCACCAGUGCCAAAGCUCUCUGAGGUGCUGCUACGUGUCCCGAGGAAACUCCGAAAGACGAGCAGCGAGAAACGGGGGGUGGAGGGGGAUGCCCAAACACACGCACCGAAGGAGUUACUGCUUCUGCACCUCGGCGGUCGCAGCAAUACCUUGAGGAACGCUCAACGAUCAUGAAGACUUCUUUCUUUCCCGGCGCUGAAAAUGCACGCAUCAUGCAAUCGCACCCCACUCAACAAAUCAGCAUGUGCAUGUGGAGGAUUUUCAUUAAUUUUAUAUCCUUUUUUUGUUUGUUUGCAAAAGCAAAAGCGCAACGUAUGAAAACUAUAGAUAUAUUCGGAGCUCAGAGGAAUGUGGAUGAGAUUUUGGUGUCCACACAUGCUGAUGAAUGUUGCACGGAACCUCUGCCUUAAGACUCAACCACGGCUCAAUGCAUUACCAGCAAUCCAAGUGUUGUGUUCAAAACCUGUAGGAAUCCACAUUACUGAAUGUACAAACGGGCAUGUCUGGUCUAGUUGGACAGAAGUUCAAAAUCAUUGUUUUGUUUUCUUUUGGGUCUUUUAGUUUUUUAAACAUAAAACCAAAUCAAGAAGGAAUUCUCUGAGAAUUUUUUUCUCGGACUCUUUAUGAUGUUACACUGGGCUGAAAAUGCAUCACUUAGAAAAUUUAAAAAAAACAUUUGUGGCCUUGAGACAGAGAUAAGAAACUGAAGCUCCUUAUGGCAGCAAUAUAUGUUUUCUAUCAGCCAUUGAUUGCAUUUUUUAUAUUGUUAUUAUUAUUAUUACUCUGAUGCCACAGAUUUCAGCCUCAGCUUUGCUUUUCCCAGAAAGUGUUUGUUUCCACUCGACUGCUGGGUUGUGACAUCAGAAGCUGGGCUAAUUUGGGUUACUGACUUUGUGUUCAUUGUUGAAGCUAAAAAGUGUCUCGUAUAUGUAAAAUAAAAAAUACAGUGCAGUUUUCCGGACGCCCUCCUA